GGGCACGACUCGGGAGUUAUUGUGCCGCGGCGGCAGCAACAGUUUUGUUUGAAGCGUCAACACGUGCGGUAGUCCUUCUGGCCUCCUUCCUGGUCCUGGCAGUCUUUGGUCCUUUCGACCGGAGCUCGUUGAGCGCGUAGAACCGUCGCGUGUUGCUCAGAGUUUCAGCGCGAGUUUGUUGCAAGUUGCAAGUGCAGCGCCCCAGAACUCCAGGACUCCAGUGCCCCCAGCCUCAAGUGUUGGCCAUAAAGAAUUAUAUGUUACAUUGAUUUAGCACAUGAUUAUUUUUGUUGUUUUUGUUCCGUGUCGCCGCGCCUAAUCCCCGCCAGGAAUCCACGAAAAGAGAACAAACGAGCGCCCCCCAAACGAACAGGCCAUCAAAUUAAUCAAAUUAAAAGUACUUGGCAGUGCAAUUACGCAGAAUGGCGUUUGCCUUUUAAGUUUCAACGCUCGCAUUGUUCCCCGGCAGCGGCCGAAGGCAUCCCCGGCAUCCCCGGCAUCGCAGGCACAGUGGAAAAACUGACGUUAAACAGGCGAACAGUCACCGGCUGUGGCAGCAGCAGCAGCCAGCUCCAGUUCGAGUUCCAGUUCGAGUUCGAGUUCCAGUUGCAGUUGCAGUGGCAGCAGUGCCACUGACAGUGGCAGUAAGUUACUGUGCAACUUUUGCCGGAGUCCCGUCGGCGCUGUCGUUGUUGUCGCAUAACUCAAAGCUGAUGAAAUAUGGAGCUGCUUCAGGUACUCUGCUGCACGCUCCUCCUGCUCCUGGCCCGAAUGCAAGUGCUCCUCGCCGUCAGCUGGGAGGAUUGGUGGACAUACGAUGGAAUCUCAGGACCUGCCUUCUGGGGCCUCAUCAAUCCGGAGUGGUCGCUCUGCAACAAGGGCAGACGUCAGUCCCCCGUAAAUCUGGAGCCGCAGCGCCUGCUCUUCGAUCCCAACUUGCGGCCCAUGCAUAUCGACAAACAUAGGAUAUCCGGACUAAUCACCAACACCGGACACAGCGUCAUCUUCACGGCCGGCAACGACACGGUGGCCAACUACGACGGCAUGCAGACGCCCGUGAACAUCUCGGGGGGUCCGCUGUCGUACCGCUACCGCUUCCACGAGAUCCACAUGCACUACGGCCUGAACGAUCAGUUCGGAUCGGAGCACAGCGUGGAGGGGUAUACGUUCCCGGCGGAGAUACAAAUAUUUGGCUACAAUUCCCAGCUAUAUGCAAAUUUCUCCGAUGCCCUGAAUCGUGCCCAGGGCAUUGUGGGCGUCUCCAUUUUGCUGCAGCUGGGGGAUCUGUCCAAUCCGGAGCUUCGGAUGCUCACCGAUCAAUUGGAGCGCAUACGCUAUGGCGGCGACGAGGCGUUCGUGAAGCGUCUCUCGAUACGCGGCCUUCUGCCGGACACCGACCAUUACAUGACCUACGAUGGCUCGACCACGGCGCCAGCCUGCCACGAAACGGUCACCUGGGUGGUGCUCAACAAGCCCAUCUAUAUUACAAAGCAACAGUUGCAUGCCUUGCGCCGUCUCAUGCAGGGCAGCCCCGACCACCCAAAGGCCCCGCUGGGCAACAACUACCGGCCGCCACAGCCGCUGCUCCACCGGGCCAUUCGCACCAACAUUGACUUCAAAACGACGAAAACGAACGGCAAGGCCGCCUGUCCCACCAUGUAUCGCGAGGUCUACUACAAAGCGACCAGUUGGAAACAGAACUAAGACGUAACUACUAUAAUGGCCGUUCUGACGUAAAGACGUAGUGACGUAACGUAAGCGCAAGACGUAAUUAGCGUGCGGCGUGCAACAGGAGCUUCCACUAAACAUACAUACAUAUACAACCCGGCGAUGCUGAGGAAAGACCGAGGAUUGCUGAGCAGAGCGGAGCGCAGAAAAUGGAGAGCGAAGGCGAUGGCGAUGGCGAGGGCGGAAGGAAUACAUACACGCAUACAUACUCGAACAUGCAUAUACAUACAUAUAUAUACAUAGGAAGCCGAAUAAUAUUGAUAGCGAUUACGAUAACGAUAACGAUAACUAGCAUUAAAUGUGCAACAUUUUUUUGUCUCCCCAAAAUCAAUCAGACUUUGAUUGCAGUCAGAGAUACUCCCCCUGGUUUUUUUUUUGCGUAUGUGUGUGUAGCCCUAAAUGAAAUACUGCGUAAGUACGAUAACUAUAACGAUAACGAUAGCGAUAGCCAUAGCGAUUACUAGUAAUCAGAAUUACCAGCAUAAUCUCUAUAACCAUAAUAAUAAUAAUAUAUCCUGUAUAUUUAAUGCCAGGCAAAAGUUGCAAAUAAGAGAUCAAAAUAAUAAUAAUAAUACCUACCAAUCACACAAACACACACACAAUAGCGAGAAGAAUACGCAAGUAUUUGUGUAUGUAUAUGUAUGUGUAUAUUAAUAGCCGGAGGCAAGUUAUGGAAACAGAGAAAAUGAGAGAGCAUUAUGCAAAACCCACCCAAAAAAAAACCAACUAGACGCGCAUAGACUAGAAAAAGUACAUAUAUUUUGUUGUAGCCUUUUUUUUGUUGUGUGUGAUUUAGGCGCUGCUGCUCCCGUAAUAGUCAUAACAACAAAAUUCCGAUACGAAACCAAUUUAAAUAUGAUAAUCUCUGGAGCCAUACCUCUAUGCGUAAAUAUUCAAUUGAAUUUCGUCAAGAAUGGAGCUAGGAAAAAGUGUAUAUAUGCUUUCUUUGAUGGAGCAGAAGAUCCACUUUCUUGCGGGGAGAAACGAGAGAACUAUCAUAUAUGUAUAUUUCCGGGAUAUCUUUCUUAAACUUCCGCGGGGUGGGGGGGUCAGCGUGAUAUUUCUGGAUUUACCGCUGCCACACAUUUAAUUCCAAUUUUCAAAUUAUGAAUUGGGUAUUUUUGUUUCUUGUUUUUGUUUAAUCUAUAAUCCCGAUAUGCAUGGCCGAAAAUACCCCCGCACGUUGGCAUGUUGCAUGCACCACACAAAUGCGUGCAUUUUGCAUUUUAAAUGCACUUAACCGCAGCAUCCACUACCCCCACUUAGCCUCCCAAUGGGGCAGCGGCAUGGUUUGAGUUUUCAGUUUUCGGAAUGGGAAUUUAAAUCGGAAAGGGCAUGGGAGCGGUGGGGGCGUGGGCAUGGAACUUGUGUAACCGGGGAAGAGACGCACUGGCCCACUGUUAUCAAACCCACUUACCAAAAGCACCCAGAGCCCAGAGGCUGUCCUGUCGCUUAUCGAACAGCAAAUGCAACAUGAAACCACAAAAUCUGUUGCGGUUAUUUAAAAUCACGUUUAAAUACGAAAGUGCAGCCAGUCCCGGAUCCCGGUCCCGGAGCCUGGAGCCCGGAGAACGAAGCCCGGUCCAGGGGACCCGCAUAAAAAUCAACUUUUUAAUGGCCGAAAGGAAAAUGAUUACGUACACGCCGCGUUGGCCCAAAAGCUGCAUAACUUUUUCCCUAAAUGGCAGCCAGACAGGGGCAGGGCAGGGCAGGGCAGGGCAGGGGCUUCGGUCUGGGGUCUGGGGUCUG